AUGAUCCGGCUCCUCUUGGUUUUCUUCCCACUGAUCUUUUGGGAGAUGAGCAUUUUGCCCAGAAUUCCCGACAGAAAAGUAUUGCUGGCGGGUGCCUCGUCUCAGCGCUCCGUGGCCAGAAUGGACGGAGAUGUCAUCAUUGGAGCCCUCUUCUCAGUCCAUCACCAACCUCCAGCAGAGAAGGUACCUGAGAGGAAGUGUGGGGAGAUCAGAGAACAGUAUGGUAUCCAGAGGGUGGAGGCCAUGUUCCACACGUUGGAUAAGAUCAAUGCAGACCCGGUGCUCCUGCCCAACAUCACCCUGGGCAGUGAGAUCCGGGACUCCUGCUGGCAUUCUUCCGUGGCUCUGGAACAGAGCAUCGAGUUCAUCAGGGACUCUCUGAUUUCCAUCCGAGAUGAGAAGGAUGGGCUGAAUCGCUGCCUGCCUGAUGGCCAGACCCUCCCCCCAGGCAGGACUAAGAAGCCUAUUGCUGGAGUGAUCGGCCCUGGCUCCAGCUCUGUGGCCAUUCAAGUUCAGAAUCUUCUCCAGCUGUUCGACAUCCCACAGAUCGCCUAUUCUGCCACAAGUAUAGACCUGAGCGACAAAACUUUGUACAAAUACUUCCUGAGGGUGGUCCCUUCUGACACUUUGCAGGCAAGGGCGAUGCUUGACAUAGUCAAACGUUACAAUUGGACCUAUGUCUCUGCAGUCCACACGGAAGGGAAUUACGGCGAGAGUGGCAUGGACGCUUUCAAAGAGCUGGCUGCCCAGGAAGGCCUCUGCAUCGCACACUCGGACAAAAUCUACAGCAAUGCAGGCGAGAAGAGCUUUGACCGGCUCCUGCGCAAGCUCCGGGAGCGGCUUCCCAAGGCCAGAGUUGUGGUCUGCUUCUGCGAGGGCAUGACAGUGCGGGGACUCCUGAGUGCCAUGCGACGCCUGGGUGUUGUGGGCGAGUUCUCACUCAUUGGAAGUGAUGGAUGGGCAGACAGAGACGAAGUCAUUGAAGGCUAUGAGGUGGAAGCCAACGGAGGAAUCACCAUCAAGCUGCAGUCUCCAGAGGUCAGGUCCUUUGAUGACUACUUCCUGAAGCUGAGGCUAGAUACCAACACAAGGAAUCCCUGGUUCCCUGAGUUCUGGCAACAUCGCUUCCAGUGUCGUCUACCUGGACACCUUCUGGAGAACCCCAACUUUAAAAAAAUCUGCACAGGCAAUGAAAGCUUAGAAGAAAACUACGUCCAGGACAGUAAAAUGGGGUUUGUCAUCAAUGCCAUCUACGCCAUGGCGCACGGGCUUCAGAACAUGCACCAUGCUCUUUGUCCUGGCCACGUGGGCCUCUGUGAUGCCAUGAAGCCCAUCGACGGCAGGAAGCUCCUGGAUUUCCUCAUCAAAUCCUCCUUUGUUGGUGUGUCUGGAGAGGAAGUGUGGUUCGAUGAGAAGGGGGAUGCUCCUGGAAGGUAUGACAUCAUGAAUCUGCAGUACACUGAAGCUAAUCGUUAUGACUAUGUUCACGUGGGAACAUGGCAUGAAGGCGUGCUGAACAUUGAUGAUUACAAAAUCCAGAUGAACAAAAGUGGCAUGGUCCGGUCUGUGUGCAGUGAGCCUUGCUUAAAGGGUCAGAUUAAGGUCAUCCGGAAAGGAGAAGUGAGCUGCUGCUGGAUCUGUACAGCCUGCAAAGAAAAUGAGUUUGUGCAAGAUGAGUUCACCUGCAGAGCCUGUGACCUGGGGUGGUGGCCCAACGCAGAGCUGACAGGCUGUGAGCCCAUUCCUGUCCGUUACCUGGAGUGGAGUGACAUAGAAUCUAUCAUAGCCAUCGCCUUUUCUUGCCUGGGCAUCCUUGUGACUCUGUUUGUCACCCUCAUCUUCGUGCUGUACCGAGACACACCGGUGGUCAAAUCCUCCAGCAGAGAGCUCUGCUAUAUCAUUCUGGCUGGCAUUUUCCUCGGCUACGUGUGCCCUUUCACCCUCAUCGCCAAACCUACCACCACAUCCUGCUACCUCCAGCGCCUCCUGGUCGGCCUCUCUUCCGCCAUGUGCUACUCCGCUUUAGUGACCAAAACCAACCGCAUUGCACGCAUCCUGGCCGGCAGCAAGAAGAAGAUCUGUACCCGGAAACCUAGGUUCAUGAGCGCUUGGGCCCAGGUGAUCAUUGCCUCCAUUCUGAUUAGUGUCCAGCUGACACUAGUGGUGACCUUGAUCAUCAUGGAGCCUCCCAUGCCCAUUUUGUCCUACCCGAGUAUCAAGGAAGUCUACCUUAUCUGCAAUACCAGCAACCUGGGUGUAGUGGCCCCGGUGGGCUACAACGGACUCCUCAUCAUGAGCUGUACCUACUAUGCCUUCAAGACCCGCAACGUGCCCGCCAACUUCAAUGAGGCUAAAUACAUCGCCUUCACCAUGUACACUACCUGCAUCAUCUGGCUGGCUUUCGUGCCCAUUUACUUUGGGAGCAACUACAAGAUCAUCACUACCUGCUUCGCAGUGAGCCUCAGUGUGACGGUGGCCCUGGGGUGCAUGUUCACUCCCAAGAUGUACAUCAUUAUUGCCAAGCCCGAGAGGAAUGUCCGCAGUGCCUUCACCACCUCUGAUGUAGUCCGCAUGCACGUUGGUGAUGGCAAGCUGCCCUGCCGCUCCAACACUUUCCUCAACAUUUUCCGGAGAAAGAAGCCGGGGGCAGGAAAUGCCAAUUCUAACGGCAAGUCUGUGUCAUGGUCUGAACCAGGUGGAAGACAGGCGCCUAAGGGACAGCACGUGUGGCAGCGCCUCUCUGUGCACGUGAAGACCAACGAGACGGCCUGCAACCAAACGGCCGUGAUCAAACCCCUCACUAAAAGUUACCAAGGCUCUGGCAAGAGCCUGACCUUUUCAGAUGCCAGCACCAAGACCCUUUACAAUGUGGAGGAAGAGGACAACACCCCCUCGGCUCGCUUCAGCCCUCCCAGCAGCCCUUCCAUGGUGGUGCACCGACGCGGGCCACCCGUGGCCACCACACCACCUCUGCCGCCUCACCUGACCGCAGAGGAGACCCCCCUGUUCCUGGCCGAUUCCGUCCUCCCCAAGGGCUUGCCUCCUCCUCUUCCGCAGCAGCAGCAACAGCAACAGCCGCCGCCCCCUCAGCAACCCCCACAGCAGCCCAAAUCCCUGAUGGACCAGCUGCAAGGCGUGGUCACCAACUUUGGCGCGGGGAUCCCGGACUUGCACGCGGUGCUGGCAGGCCCGGGGACACCGGGGAACGGGCUGCGCUCUCUGUACCCACCCCCGCCUCCCCCGCAACACCUGCAGAUGCUGCCCCUGCAGCUGAGCACCUUCCGAGAGGAGCCCAUCUCCCCUCCUGGGGAGGACGACGAUGAUGACAGCGAGAGAUUCAAGCUCCUGCAGGAGUUCGUGUAUGAGCGCGAAGGGAACACGGAGGAAGACGAACUGGAAGAGGAGGAGGACCUGCCUGCAGCCAGCAAGCUAACCCCCGAGGAUUCGCCUGCCCUGACGCCUCCUUCUCCGUUCCGAGACUCGGUGGCCUCUGGUAGUUCGGUACCCAGCUCCCCAGUGUCUGAGUCAGUGCUCUGCACCCCUCCAAACGUGACCUACGCCUCUGUCAUCCUGAGGGACUAUAAGCAAAGCUCUUCCACCCUGUAA